AAUCGUCGUCAAUCUUCCAAACCCUAAUCGUCUUGAAUCAAUAAAAGCUUCUGGUCAUGUUUCUCCUUCGUCAAUGGCGUUUUUAUCAGUAACGAACUAGUGUAUCGCCAGCUAUUGGAUCAUAUGAAGUGCUCAGUCUCUUCUGGAAUCCGUGGCUCAAAUGUAUUAUCCGCUCAUGUUCUUUGUGAUUACGGACUUUUCCAGGAAGGAGUCAAUUAUCUAACGAAAAGAAGAAGAAAAUAGAAGUUAUGGGAGUUCUUUGAAUUGGGUUAGUGAAUAUAGGAUCACAAUAUAUUUUCUUUUUAUCGAUACACCCGGUUGUCGUUCCUUUCAUAGAAGCUGUGUCAUCAUCAAAGAUAAGUUGGAUUGUGCUUGCGAAAGGUGAAUUGGAGAGACAUAUUCUUGUGUCUGGUUGUUUUGUUGACUUGUUGCUGCUAAUCCAGAAGCUUGGUUUGAAGGAAAAGGUAUAUAAUGGCUGGAGGCAAUGAACAGAUAGAACUUAAAUUCAGAAUAUAUGAUGGAACAGAUAUAGGCCAUAGCAGCUAUGCAUCGUCAACUACUGUAGCUGCCCUUAAGCAGAAGCUUGUUUCUGAGUGGCCUCAAGGUAAAUCUGUAGUACCCAAGACUGUGAAUGACGUAAAGCUUAUUCAUUUGGGAAAAGUUUUGGAGAACAAUAAGACACUAUCGGAAUCUGGAGUACAUGAUGGUGCCUUUGCAGGAGGAGUAAUCACAAUGCAUGUCGUCAUUCAACCCGUUCUCACUAAAAAGAAGACAUCCAAAAAACAAGACGAGAUGGGAAAGCUGAAUGCGUGUGGAUGCACAAUCCUGUAACUGGGGUUCGAUAUGUGACUAGAUGAUCUUUGGGUGAGCUUGAUGUUGUGGAAAUCCGAAGUCCUAUCUUUUAGACCAUAAUAUGACAGUCGGGAAUCGAGAGGUUUGUUUGUAGUGCGUGUUGUAUUCGGUUUCUUCUUUUUCUUGUAUAUCAAAAUCCUUUCGAGCGGGUUCUGUAUGUGAGUGUUGGACUGCUUUCUGGCCAAUCUCACUAAAGCCAAAGCUUGUAGAGCCACGGUUUGUUGGGGAGUUUACGUUUCUAGUUGACGGUGUCGUAUUCGAUUGCAUACGUGUUUUUUUUGGUGGAAAAGGAUACAAACGUUUCUUUGGUUACC